AUGUUAAAAAAGAAAAUCUUUAUGAAUUUAAACGAUUGUUUAAACUCUUCGCUCUAAUCUUACUCAAUACUAGUUUUUAAUCUUUCUAAUGAUUAAAUUGGUGAAAGAGGUACAUCAGACUUAGCUUCUGCUUUAGCAAACUGCACUAAUCUCACAAAUUUGACACUUGAUCUUACAGCAAAUUUAAUUGAUGAAAAAUGUGCAUUAGUGUUAGGUACAGCUUUAGAAAAAUGCUCUAAUCUCUCAAAUUUUACACUUAAUCUAUGCUACAAUAGAAUUGGUGCAAUUGGUGCUUCAGGCUUAGGUACAUCAUUAGCAAAGUGCAAAAAUCUCUCAAAUUUGACACUUGGACUUAACGAAAAUAAAAUGUAUGAUGAAGAUGUUUCAGCCUUAGGCUCUGCUUUAGCAAUCAGCACUAAUCUCUUAAAUUUGACUCUAAUCCUAUAUUCAAAUUUAAUUGGCGAUAAAGGUGCAUCAGACUUAAGUUCUGCUUUAGCAAGGUGCAUUAAUCUCUCAGAUUUAACACUUGAUCUUAGUUAUAAUUAAAUUGGUGCAAUUGGUGCAUCGAACUUAAUAUGUUCUACUUUUGGAAAGUGCACUAAUCUCUCAAAUUUGACACUUAAACUUAGUUACAAUAAUAUUGAUGGAAUAGGUGGAUUAAGCUUUAAUUUUACUUUAGCAAAGUGCACUAAUCUUUCAAAUUUGACACUUGAUCUAGGUUGCAAUUUUAUUGGACAAGAAGGAGCAUCAGGGUUAGGUUUCGUUUUAUCAUAGUAAUCUAAUCUCUCAAAUUUGGCACUUCAUGUUGAUGAAAAUUAAAUUGGUCCUGUUGGUGCAUUAGGCUUAGGUUUUACUUUAGCAAAGUUCACUAAUCUAUAAAAUUUGGCACUUAAUCUCUAAUUAAAUUAAAUCAAUCCAUCAGAAAAAUUGAAAGUAAAAAGUAAGUGUCUUAAAUCAAAAAGAUUAGUUAUCUUUAAAAUAUUUUGA